ACUCUUAUUAUAAUUGUAUAAAUAAAUUAUCGAUAUCUACACAAACCCAUCUAAACAUGUACAUAUAUGUAUGCAUGCAUGAUUAAACAUAUUUGUUUCUAAUAGCCCAUAAAUUGUCGACAAAAAUCACGAAUUUUAUAAAUGAAAGUUUAACUAACACAUACAUAUACAAGAGUAAUGGAAUCAGAAGCUUUAUAAAUCAUCAAUAAAUAAAGGUCCGUUGGUUAUGCCCCUUGUGAAAUGUGUGCGAAAUCUAAAAUAUCAUAUGUAUGUUUAUCAGUAUACUUGCAAAUAUUUGUUUCUAAUAGCCCAUAAAUUGUUGGCAAAAAUCACGAACUUUAUAAAUGAAUGUUUAACACGUGCACGUGAUGGAAUCAAGAAAUCCAUAAAUUACUAAAAGUAAAAGGUGGUCCGCUAGAUACAUACAUAUGUCCGUUGUUUUGAAUUGUAUUGGAAAUCUAAUCAAUUGUACUUGUUCAACUGUUUUGAUCGAUUAUCAGAUUAGAUUUUCAAAGAAUCUUUUCUGACUAUAUAUAAGGCCUCUUCUCGCACAAAUUGUGAGUGGACUGUUGCCGUAUGCCGAUCUUCGUGAUCAGUUAACCAUGAAGGCCUUGCUGGUAUUGCUUUGCACCUUUUUAGCUACCACAAUAGCACUCCCAUUGCGCGAGAGCUCACUGGAUACAAUCAUCGCCGGUACGCGUUUUUAUCUCUACACCGCUUCAAAUCCUGAGGAACCGCAAGAAAUUCGUAUUAACGAUGCUGAUUCGGUGAAAAACUCCUACUUCGACAAAAGUCGUCAUACAAAAAUUAUAAUUCACGGCUGGACUGGGUCCUAUUUAACUAAACCAAAUGAAGAAGUACGGCAUGCGUAUUUAACACAAGAAGAUUACAAUAUAAUCUCCGUCGAUUGGAGUACUGAUGCCGCGCUGAAUUAUAUAUCAUCGCGUGCAAAAGUGCCCGUUGUGGGUGAAGAUAUUGCAGAUCUAUUGGAUUUUUUGAAUGAGCAAUUUAACUUGAGUUAUGACAAAGUAGUUCUGGUGGGUCACAGUUUGGGCGCACAUGUUGCAGGUUACUGCGGUAAGAUUGUGAAACAUGGUAAGAUUGCUGGCAUUGUUGGAUUAGAUCCAGCAUUUCCGCUUUACAACUAUAAUGACCCUAGCACGCGUUUAUCCACUGACGAUGCCAAAUUUGUGCUGAGCAUACAGACGAAUGGUAGCUUCAAGGGAUUUCCACAACCGAUUGGAUCAGCAGCGUUCUAUCCGAAUUGGGGACUUAAACAACCCGGUUGCGGUGCUGAUUUAAGUGGCACCUGCUCACACGGACGUAGUAUAACGUUAUAUGCCGAAGCCUUGAGAGGUUACGUUUUUACACCGCUGUACGAGUGUUCAAGCUAUGAUGACAUAACCGCUAAAGCUGGUUGCGAUACAAUUAGAAGAGAUGUGCAAGUUGGGGAUCCAUUGCAAAUUAUACAAAAGGCGGGCAUAUAUUACUUUACAACUAAUGAUGAAUCGCCUUUCGGCAUUUUGGGUGAUAGAAGUUUACAAAAAUAAAGUGUAGACUAUGUAGAGACUGCGCCAGCUGUGGGAAAGCUAUUUAUACUAAAGUAAAUAAACGUUUUACAUAUUAAUGUAUGUAUGU